AUGUCCCCCUUUUCCUUUCGUCGCCCUCGCGAUAUCCCUUCCCCCUCGCGUCGCCUGUCCGCUCCCCCUCCCCUCGCCUUCGCGCUCUCCCUCCCGUCGGCCUCGCGCUCUCCCGCCCUUCGCCUUCGCGCUCUCCCUCCCGUCGCCUGUCCGCUCUCCCUCCCAUCGCCUUCGCGCCCUCCCUCCCUUCGUCUUCGCGCUCUCUCUCCCGUCGCCUAUCCGCUCCCCCUCCCCUCGCCUUCGCGCUCUCCCUCCCGUCGCCUUCGCGCUCCCCCCCCCCCGUCGCCUGUCCGCCCUCCCUCCCUUCGCCUUCGCGCUCUCCCUCCCGUCGCAUGUCCGCUCUCUAUCCCGUCGCCUGUCCGCUCCCCCUCCCAUCGCCUUCGCGCUCUCCCUCCCGUCGCCUUUCUCCUACCCCACUUCAUCUCCUAUCACUCACGUCCUCCCCUCCCAUCGGCAUCGCGCUCACGUUCCUCCCUCCCGUCACCAUCGCGCUCACGUGCACCUGUCUUCGCAUCGCCUUCGCGCUCAUGGCCUCCCCUCCGAUCACCGAUCCCCCAUUUGCAGUCGCCUACGUGA